CGCGCGAAGGUGCAGAUGUUGUUGGUCUGACAGAGGGCAGAAGAAAGAGAAGGAUUCAGCUCGUGUGUCUGCACUUCACGCCGAAGCACUUGACGUGGUUUCAAAGGACGUAAUUUCUGCUGAAAUGGACAGCUGUGGGGACAUCCAAGUGAAAGAGCUAAACAAGCGCGCCUCAGGCCAUGCAUUUGAGGUGAUCUUGAGCCCCUGUAACAUGGACACAAAGGAGUUUCCAUUGUCUCCUAUGAAGAAAAAGGAAACUUCGCUGGAUGAGAUCAAGAAGAAACUGGACGCUGCAGCAGAGAGACGGAAGAGUCAAGGUGCUGAGGUGCUGAAACAGUUGGCUGAGAAACAGGAGCAUGUGAAGGACGUCCUGCAGAAGGCCUUAGAGGAGAGCUGCAACUUUAAAAAGAUGGCGCAAGAGAAACUCAAUCAUAAGAUGGAGACAUAUGAAGAGAACCGCACUGCAUGGAUGGCAGCACUCAAUGAGAAAUUCAAAGAGAAAGACAAGAAGCUUGAAGAGGUGAAGAAGAACAAGAAGGCGAUACAAGAAAGGGAGAACUAAUAUGUUUAUAAUCUGACAAAAACAGCAGUUACAUCUCCAAAGAUAAGCUUUGUAUUUUUUACCUGACAUAACUAGGUUUUGUAUGUUCUGGUAGUUUUCUAUUAUGCAGUAGAAUGAAAGUUUGUUAUUCAGUGUUAGACUUGGUCCUGAAUUUGUCUGACUUUUCUUCACUUGUAGGUUUCUUAUUGGCAGCUAGAUACACUGUAUUUUCUGAGGUCUAAUCUACAUUUUCCAUGAGGAUGUAUUUCAUUGAUAUUAAUUGGUCCUUGUGCUUCAUGCUGUUACAGUGCUUUGUUCAAUAAUGUUCUGUUGUUUUACUGUAAGUUUGAAUAUACUGUACAAUACCAAGGUUCUGACAUUAAAGUCUGUAUCUAAAAUGAAAAUAAUGUUUUUGUGUGGAGAAUUGAAUAUAUUUUUUCACAUUAAAGGUGUGAA